CGCGACAUCGCGAAUCUUCGCGUCCGCGUCAUCUCGAUAAUGUGUCCGUAGCGUAGCAAUGUUAGUUUUCGUGGUUUUCUUUCUAGAUCUUACCAAGAGCGAAUCAUAGAAGACGUCGAUGGUGAUAAAGUGAAGUAUCGCAUGAAAGAAUACCUCGAAUUCGAUGAAGAAGCUUCCUUCCCUCUCACUCUAGACGACGAAGUUACAAUAGUCAACGUCGCGUACCAUGGCGUUUUGCAAACAGCGGAAAUGAAGUUUCCAGUGCUCAUGGCUGCUAUGGCAUUAGCCAUGACCGGCGUGUUCGGGGCCAACAACAACCCGAUUAUGACGACUAAAGUGGGAGCGCUGCUGCUCGACGGCAUCCAGCUAUGCGCUAACCCCGGCUUGUUCGGGGCCAUCGCCUGCGCUCAGAUACGUCCUUUGGCGGCUGAGGUCCAGAACAUCGAGGAGCAAGAGGGCGGCAUUCUUGAGUUUUCUAUUCUCAGAUAUAAACACGACACACCAAGUGAACUGUAUGUGGCAAGCCGUGGAACAGAGGACGUGAGUGACCUGGGCCACAUAUUCUCCUUUAACGGCUCCUCCUACCUGAGCAAUUGGGUUAAUAUGAAGAAUGAUGAAGGUGAUGAGACACCCGGCGUAUGCAAUAUGAUCAACGGUACCGACUCGGGUAUAUUCGCGCCUUUUGUGAAUCGCGACAAAUCCAUCUACGCCUUCAACACUGAUAUCUGUCGGUCCGUGGAACUGCGCUACCAAAACGAAGUGGUCUACCAGGACACCAUACCAGCGGCCAGGUUCUCCGCAAACAGCUGGUUCUUGGACAACCACCAAGAGUGCUUCUGCCUUAACACAACGGAAGGCAUCACCCGCGAUAACGGCUGCCUGUAUACGGGCGCCAUGGAGAUGUUCACCUGUGUGGGUGCCCUGAUGGUGAUGUCCUACCCUCACUUCCUGUACGCCGACUCCGUGUACAGGAACGGUGUAAUUGGUUUAGUUCCUAACGAGGAGUCGCACCGCUUGUUCGUCGACUUAGAACCUCACACCGGGACAGUGGUCCGAGGCAUGAAACGUGCGCAGUUUAAUAUAUUCAUGCGACGCAUCGACGGUAUACCUGACACGUAUAAUUUGCGAACCACUCUCACGCCGAUACUGUGGAUCGAGGAGGGCAUGAACUUACCGGAUGAAUACGUGGAAAUGCUAAACGAUCGAUUGCUGUCCAGUCUGAGGCUUGUUGACAUAUUAAUACCAGUAGCCAUUGCGCUAUCCUGCUUGGUUCUACUAGUUGGAGUGACGAUCCUUAUCAUUGCCAAAAGGAAUACGAACAAGAAUAAAAAUGGUUGAGCGGCGAAAGAGGAAAAUAUUAUUAUUUAAGAAGAAAAAUUAG